AUGGAGAAGACAUCCAGGGACAGGCUCGGCAAAUCCAAAACUUUCCUUGCCAGAGAAGACGUGCGGGCCAAGGCACCCCUGGCCGCUCAGUUUGAGGACUGCACGCAGGCCAUCAGACAGCUCCACACGGCGCUGAAUGCGGAGCUGUGGGCGUCGAAAGAGGAAGUCUCGCUCGAGCAACAAGAAGCCGAGGCCAAGAAGAAAGCUUUGCGCACUCUCGUGGACCGGUGUCUCGCGAGACUGAUAGCAUGGGGCCACGACACAGGUGCCGUCUCUCGCCUUCUCGACCAUUCUCUACGGAGAGCCUCGAAGCCGCGGAGUAGCGCCUUGACGCUGUUGAAGGAAUUUUCGAUACCGGCCUCUGAACGACGCGAGGCGCAGGAAUUAAGGGACAUCCUUGGUCUGGGAAGCCAAGACUCAGACUUGAACCCCGAAAAGUUCCUCGCAGAAGCCGAGGAGAUAAUAAACGAUUUGUUCGAUCUCCAGCCCACACUCCUCGACCCCUUUGACGAUGAUGAUCUCACCCCAAUCCCAGACGCCCACCAGACUGAGGCCUUCGACCGGCAGUACGCUCAGAAAGCAUUCCCAGCGGCUGCCCCGUCCCUGGUCGACCGGCUUCUGGCCGCUAACAGGCGACGACGGCAGAAUAUCCAGAGCCUGAAGGAAGCAUCCAAGGCGAGUCUCGAGGAUGAAGCAGAAUCUUCAGAAGCUGCAGUCGCCAGCCAAGUACCCCAUCAGGGGCAAUCUGACCAGAAACCUCGCCAUGGCCUUGCCUUGAGCCGCAUCCGGGGCUAUCGCAGGACGUCCGCGCCGUCGGGAUCGGAAGCCGGUGCCUCCAGAACGGCGCCGUCGACUAUUGGAAAGGAGACCUUUUGGUCUAAUGACAUAAUCCACGAAAAGGAGUCAUUGACGUCGGCCGCAUCUACUGGCGGUGUUCAAGCCGUUGAGCUCCAGCUUGAACCCCCCGGCCUGCCUGUCGACACCAAAGUAAAGGACAGCAUCCCGUUCCAAUGCCAGUACUGCCGCAUCGAGGUUCCACUAGAGCUCGACAAGGACACCAUGACCCAGGAGGACUGGAUCGCUCACUUUUACAUGGACCUGCAGCCCUACACUUGUACUUUUGAAGAGUGCAGCCGGGCCCACAAACUUUUCGGCAUCAAGCAAGAUUGGUUUCAACACGAACUGGAUUACCAUCGGACCAGACAGGCCUGGUACUGUGCCAAAGCUGAAUGCAGGACCGAGUUCGAGACGUGGGCCCUCUUCCAGCAGCAUCUGAAGUCAGAGCACCCAGACAUUAGAACAGACGGUCCCGAUCUCAGAGCUCUCGCUCAGGCGUGGCAGAGGCUGUCGCUGCAGCCUCAGACAUCAGCCCAGCGUCAAUGUCCUCUAUGUGGGGUCCCAUACAAAGACGAUGCCCCUGCCGAAUGGAGGGACCACAUUGCCCACCACCUUGAGCAGUUUGCCCUGCUGGCCAUAGGCGAGGACGAAGCUAGCCCGACAUCCGAAGACGAACUUAUUGAUCGCAAUGACUUUGUCGAAACCUAUGUUGAUGACCAGAAUGAAAGAUACGCCGCACCAAGCGUCCCCAACCAGGCGCCUGUGACGGAGGAGCCAGCUGGCGGUGAGGAUCUGGAGGCGGACCAGCCGAUGCCCGGCGAUGAAGACGCAGAAGACACGGUCGAGCCCGUCUGGCUCAACGUCCCUGAGAGGAACCACGAGUUUAUGGGCCGAGACAACGACCUCCAACACCUCCACGAGUUUAUUUCCCAGUCGGGAAGCAUAUGCGUCGUGAGUGGACGCGGUGGUAUUGGAAAGACGGCCACAGCCAUCGAGUACGCCCGCCGUUAUGAGCAAACCUUUUCGGGCAUCAUUUGGAUCGAGGCCGAGAAUCCAAACGGUCUUGCCGACAGAUACAACAUGAUCGGUACUGACAUCUUUGGGUUGGCCGUCGAGGGGCAGGAUCCCGUCAGUUUCUUCAUGAAUGUCAGGGCAAAGCUCGGAGGCUGGGAGAGGAGAUGGCUCCUCAUAUUCGACAAUGUCGAGGCCUGGGACCAUGUAUCUAAGUACAUCCCCCGGAACCUGCCCAAAACGAGGGGUUCGGUCCUCAUCACGACAAGGAAGCAGUCUCUGGUCCGGACAGACACGCAGACUCUGAAGCGCGUUCUGCACCGCAUUGAGCUAGACCCCCUGACACCAGAGGAAGCUGGCCAGUUCCUGAUCUGCUCCAUCAACCCAAAGGUCUUUCUUGAUGAUGCCCCGAAACAUGCCGAUUAUGAUCUUGCCGUCCAGAUCGGAGAGCUUGUGGAGAGGUUGCCUCUAGCACUCAUCAUGAUCGCUGGCUACUGCAAAGUUUCACGGGCCACUCUGGAGGACUUCCACGAGAUCUGGGAGGAGAAGACGGCGUUCAGAGCGAAGCAGACGCAGCGAAAGAAGUCUGUAGUAAUUGAGGGCGGCCUGGAUUCGUCCAUCGAUCUCUUGUGGGACAUCGGCAUUAGCGAGCUAUCGGUGCCGGCGCGGAACCUGCUUGAGAUUCUGGCCUUUCUCGAUCCCGAAAAUAUCCAAAAGGAUCUUCUCGUCGGUGACCACACGGAGGAGUUCCUAGAGUUCCUCAACUCUACCGAGGCUGCCCUGUAUAAGCGCAUGAUCCGCCAGCUUAGCGGCCGCAAGCUCAUCGAUGUCAAGACGAACGAAGGAGGUGCCGAGUCUUAUCGUAUCCAUCGGCUGCUACAGACCAAGAUUGUCAUCGACAUUGGUGCGCAGCUCAAGUUUGACUCCGCCAUGACCAAAGCCACGCGCCUGGUGCGCAAGAGAUUCCCGAAAUCGCCCGCCAUCCAAGCUCCUGCGCCACAGAACUGGAAGAGGUGCAAAGAGUACAUGCCCCACGUCUUCGGUCUCUUACGAGCCUUCAAACAUGCCCAGCGCGAUUUCCACGGCUUUGAGCAGACAGAGGAGAUGGCCGACCUCUUCUAUGACGCUGGAUUCUUUAUCUGGGACAGCCAGGCCAAUGUCCACGACGGCUUAGCCUUUCUCGACGCCGCGGAGAACGUCCUGGACUCUGAAGACGUCGAGGAAGAUCCUAAGUCGCCCCGGCGUGCUGAUAUUCUUUGCAUGUCCGGGCUCCUUCUCAACGGCAUGGGCUGCGAGAGGCGUGCCGAAUGUCUAGACAAGCUACAGCGGGCGCUCGAUAUCCGAAAGCACGUUUAUGAUGCUGCCGCUCCCGCCUACACCAGAGACCAGGACGUGCUUCUCCAGAAUGCCGCUUGCGAUUUUGCUAUCCUGCUCCUCAACGAGUACAAGUUUGACGAAGCUUCUGUCAUCUUUGAGGAUUGUCUCCGGCACUACAAGAAGUGGGAUACCGAGGACAAGAUCCCGUUCGAGUACUCCAAGUACUACUACAACAUGGGCAUUGUCCACAUGUGCAAAGAGAGGCUAGACGAGGCGCUCAAGUUUCUCCAACACUCGGUCGAACUCGCUGAGGCUGCGUUUGGGAAAGAGGGACAGUAUUGGGACAACUACUUCAUGCUCGCAUGUUGCGUGCUGCAGUCGGGCGAUUUCCAGCGCGCCCUCGGCAUGCACCUCGAGACGCUCAAAGCCAAGCUUGAGCAGCAGGGGAAACACAGCAAGGGUACCAUUCUCAGCACUUAUGCCGUCGGCGAGAUAGAAUAUUCGGAGCGAUGCAUCGACUUGGCGACGGCCUCAAGCUGGACCGAUGAAGCUUUGGGCCGUGCUCGACUCCACCUCGCCCGUCUGUACAAGCGCCAGGCGGUCAACUUGCAAGAUGCAGAGGAGCAUGAGAGGAAAGCCAUGGAAGCACUGGACAGAUACUCGACACAUGCACCUAGGUGGGUUAAUGACAUUAAUGAACCGAUCAUGACAUUUGAUGACCUCAUGCCGACCGACGAGGGGAGAUAUACGGGCAACAUGUUGCUCAAGGUCUUGUGGGGGCGGGGGAGGGCGGAAAAGACGGUGACUUUUGUCUGGCACAUGGAGGGGAGCGAGGUGACAGUGCCCACAGGGCUGUAA